CAUCACCGGAACAAACCGGACCCCGUAGCUACCCACACGUACACGAUUCAGCUUCCAAGCCCUGCACGACACUGAGAGACCAAACGGACGGCGCAGGAAUACACGGAAAACGGAAUCCCGCGAGAUAGCAUCAGGGUUCAGGCCGAUCUUCCGUAAUUAGUUCUUCGGCGUAUCUCCGAGACCUCUUCUACGGCCGGCGCAAUCGUACGUGAUCUACACAUUUACGCUGGAUAGAUCUUGGCAGCAGGCCGGCGGCCGGGCAAGCAUACAUACAUGGAGGCGCAGUACGAUCUGUGGUGGGGCUUGCUAGAAGAAGGACGAGCGCCGCCGGCGCCGGCGCCGCCGGUCACGGCGGAGCCCAUCGCCGCCGACAUCGCACCUCGCGCCGCACGACCCAGAUCCAUGGCCAAGCCGGACAACCCUGACUGGGUGCGUGCGACCAGGACGUGCGGCAACGUGGUCGGCAUCGUAUGUCUGGUUUACAUCUUCUUGAUCUUGGUUCCACGCUGUAGAAACAGAGACUAUAUGUUACUCUACUGCGUGUUCGCGGUGGUCUUGUCUCUUGGCUUCCCUACGCUGGCGUAUGUGCUGACGCUGGAUGUUGAUUGUGUCGACCGUCCUCUCAUCAAGAAAACAUAUCUUUUCACUCGGUGUGCAGUCGAAUUGCGAUGAUCCAAAGCUAAUUUUAAGGAAUUGCGAAAAGACAUUUUAAGGCUCGUAGGCUAUUAGCCCUAUGAGUUCAAUCAUGUUCUCUUGAGCAACAUGACUAAUUCAGGAGAGAGAGGAAAACCCUGCCAUGGUUAAUCAGAAUGGAUUAAACAGCUCAACGCAACAUACUAGAGCUCGUUGUCUAGCUAGCAGUAUGGCGGCUAAUGUGAUGAUCCCCUGCAACGCUUCUCAUUAGACGAUGUAACUGUAAUUUGGACCGAAUAGAGGUCACUGAUUCCGUCAAAUUAAUGAUUUCACCCGUCUCUGCUUCCAUCUGAUC